AUGAUACUGGAUGGUCAGUUGAAUACGAUUGCUUUGACAUUUGGGUUUGCUGCAAUUAUCUUGAUCUUGGUGUAUCAUGCUAUUUCGACGAAUAUUAAUAAUCUUCAACAGAAAAAGGUGCAAUAG